GCAUCUUUUCUUCGGGCUUCUUUGUUUUGUGACCCUUUAAACCCCAAUACCCAGCAGCCAAGGCAUCCGAAGACCUGCAGAAGACUUGGUCAUCCUAAGGAAUCGCGCCUGCAAAUAAAUAGUUUGCAAGCGGUGAGCAGUGAGCAGUUUUUGCAGUUUGCAUGACCAGGAGGUACUAGUACGACUGCACAUCGUAGCUGUGCAUGAGGUGUGCCUUGGCUAUUGCCCUUGCCCGGUUGCAGAGAAUCAAAUCUUGAAGAUUUUCGAAGCCAUCACCGAUAUCUCACAAUUUUGACUUCCGCAAGUCAAUCAAUCGACUCUCAAACACCACUCCAAACCAAACACAAUCAAAACAAACAAUAUUCAUCAAUCAUGAGUUUGGAAAUGGACUACACCACUCUUUUCGCCGUCAUGGACAGCUGGGAAACCAUGCGUCGAAUCCCCGACAGCGGUGAGGUCGCAGGAGCUAUCCUUUUCAAGCACUUCUUCCAAAGGUGCCCCGCUGCCAAGGUCCUGUUUGGAUUCCCUGUUGAAAUGGAUGCUGAAAGCGAGGCCAUCCAAAACAGCAAACGCUUCCGCAGCCAUGCUUCCCUAAUGAUUGAUAUGCUUGACAGAGCCCUGAACAUGCUUGGACCUGAUGUUGAGUUGCUUGGGGAGAUCUUGAGUGAUCUUGGAAAGAAGCAUGCCCGAAUGGGAGUCAAGGAGAGCUACUUCCCCUUCAUGGGCGAAGCUCUGAUUGAAACUCUUCGAGAAACCUUGGGUGCAUCUACCUUCACACCUGAGAUUGAAGCGUCCUGGAAGGCUGUGUAUGACGGUCUUUCCACUGCCAUGAUCAAGGCCAUGCACAGUGAAGCCUCUGUCCUUAACAGCUGGGCCAAACUCAAGAGUAUGGAUGACUAUGAUACUUUGGCUGGAACCAAGCUCUUCCAAUACUUGUUCCGAAAAUGCCCAGAGGCCAAGACUUUGUUUGGAUUCCCCAUUGACCUGGAUACAGAUUCAGAAAUGAUGAAGAAGAGCCGACGAUUCCAGAUGCAUGCUCGUUACUUCAUUGAGAUGCUGGACAGGGCCCUUGGAAUGGUUGAAGCCAAGGAAAUGGAAGCCAAUUUGAAGAGCUUGGGUGAACUUCAUGUGAGCUUUGGUGUCAAGGCAAGCUACUUCCCAAUCAUGGGAGAGGCCCUGCUCGAGGCACUAGAGGCGACACUGCCAGCAGAGGAUUGGAAUCAAGAUGUCAAGGCUGCCUGGGGAAAUGUCUAUGACAGGCUCUCGACCCAAAUGGUCUCUGCCAUGAAGCAAUCCGCCAAGAAGUAAGCUUUGGUGUCGUCAAGGCAAGCUACUCCCCCCAAUCACUGGAGAGGCCUUGCUCCAGGCACAAGAGGAGACACCGCCAGCAGAGGAAUCCAGAUAUCAAGGCUUGCAGGACAAAAUGUGUAUGACAAGCGCUCGACCCGAAUGGUCUCCGCCAUGAAGCAAUCCGCCGCCAAAAAGUAACUUUUUCACAGUUGCUUUGAUCGCUGAUGUUAUCGCUCCAUCAUUUUAGUUGCACUCUGCACUAUACAAUUUCAUAUUUAGUAGCUCCAAUACAUGUAAACAAUAGCAACACACAAGC